UGUUCUUUAGUGUUGCUAACUGAAACUGCAACACGCUAACUUGUCUUCUCUUCACCAUCUUGGCAUUAUUUUCCAGAAAAAAAAAAUAAAAAAAGGGGAUUUUGUAACCCUUGAUGGAAAUGGUGGUGAUGCAUGGUCGGCUAGUAAAGGUUGAAGCUGUUGAGGGAGACUUGCGGUAAUUCUGAUUUCUGUUCAUAAUACUCUGAUGUCAUCCAUGUCUGGAGAGAGUGAAACUGUGUCAUUUUAAGCCUCUGAAACUCAGAAUACCAUUCAAAGGAUUCUACAAUCAUGCUCUAAACUGGUUGAGGCUGGCGAUAUCCAUGACAGCACAAUCUCAGAGCUUGUCAACUUCCUUGAUUCUUUAUCGGAUGCCACUAUUUCAGACCCAAACAAUGAGCCUGCGCAGAAUGAUGCAUUUGAUGCUCUCACUGAGAUCCAUCAAUAUAUAUGUUUUCCUUCUCUUGCCCAGGAAGCUGUUGAUGCCCUUUCCUUUGAAUUACCAAAGGCCGUCUCUAAGUUUGCUGAUCAGUUUCUAGAGAAAUGUGGUCCAAGGGAUAUGCUUUCAAUUCUUUGUAAUACACUAGGUUACUCAAGUAAUGUGACCAAGGCUGCCAGUUAUAUUGUUCCUCCUUUGUCAGGUCUCUCAAAAGUCUUUACCUCCAACAAGAGGUAUCAUUUUGAGCAAGUACAAGUGGCUGUUCCGAUCAUUCUUAAUGUGUUGACUGCUGUGGCUUUGGAUUCAGAUGACUCAGAUGAUGCAGAACUUGAGAGUGUAUUUCACAGAGCUGUUGGAAUUGCAAAUUCUAUAUAUGGAGUUUGCAAUAAGUUGGACGGUGUUUCAAAUGAGAAGCUCCGAGCUCUUCUUGGACUAUAUGUCCUCCAAUGCUUGGCACUUCUUUCGGCCAGCAUAAGCUAUAAAAAUUCCACCUGUCAUUUGAUGGUUUUGGAAUUGUCACAAAUAUCUUCAUAUUGUGGUUUAACAUAUAUGAGUCUUUUAACUGCUUUCGAUGUUGAGACUGCGGCUGGAUUUGUUUUUGGAGAUAAAGAUGCCCAUAUGAGUUGUUUGUCUCAUGUAAAACAUGGUGCUUCUCUUUCAGUGGUAUGGGGGCUUGUCUCUGAGGAGGUUGCUCAUGCCACUAAAGAGAGUUCGGUUGCUAUCAAGGAUGACAUUCACAAUAACCAGACCAAAUGAUGGCAAGCAAUAGGAAGAUUAAAACAUGUCAAAAAUGGUAUGGAAAGUGAAGAGGAAGCAUGCCAGAGUAAGGAAUCAUGAAGAGAAAUGGAAGCUUAAAGUUCAUACACCUAUGCGUACGCAUACACCCAAUAUGCGUACGUAACCUGAAGUCCAUAUGUGUAUGCUUAUGCAUACACUCACCUAUGCGUACGCAUAUUGGAAAAAAAUGUGCCUCAUUAAUGAGAACACGUGAUCAGUGAUUUCAGGACUUUCCAAGUCCAAUCUAACUCAUUUCUAAAGCUAUUUCAUGCCAAAUUGAAGAAGGAUAAAAGGGGGAGUAAUUAGGGAUAGAUAGAAACAUGUUUUAAGGUAGUUUUUUAGAGAGAGAAGCUCUCUCUUCUCUCUAGAAUUAGGGUUCUUAGGUUAAUUUUCUCUUUAAUUUCACUCUUUAAUUCUUGUUCUAGUGUAAUUUCAUUUAUAUUUCCAUA